UAGAACUUUAUUAUUCUAGCAUCACGGCAGCAGGUUUCUGCUAAGUUUGGAGUUACUCGCGUCACCACAACUGUAUGCCUGCUUGAAGGUGGUUUAAAAACAGGGGCUCAGCAGCACAAGGAGUCUGCAUGUCUGCUUAGACAUGCUCAGCUUUGUGGAUACUCGGAUUCUGUUGCUGCUUGCAGUAACUUCAUACCUAGCAUCAUGUCAAUACUCGGGCCCCAGAGGAGACAAAGGACCUCGAGGUGACAGGGGUCUUCCUGGCCCAAAUGGAAGAGAUGGAAAACCCGGACUCCCUGGACCCGCUGGCCCUCCUGGUCCCCCUGGACUCGGAGGAAACUUUGCUGCUCAGUAUGAUGGCGUAAAAGCUCCUGAUCCUGGCCCUGGACCCAUGGGUAUGAUGGGACCUAGAGGCCCUGCUGGACCUCCUGGACCCCCUGGACCUCAGGGACACACCGGACAUGCUGGUGAGCCUGGAGAGCCUGGACAGUCUGGUGCCGUUGGUCCUCGUGGCCCCCCUGGACCCCCUGGCAAAGCUGGAGAUGAUGGUAACAGCGGUAGACCUGGCAAGCCCGGAGACAGAGGUGUCCCUGGCCCUCAGGGUGCUCGUGGUUUCCCCGGAACCCCUGGACUUCCAGGAAUGAAGGGACACAGAGGUUAUAGUGGUCUGGAUGGGCGCAAGGGAGAGCCUGGUUCCACUGGCCCCAAGGGUGAGAAUGGUGCCCAUGGAGCUGCUGGAAGCCCUGGACUGGCUGGAGCUCGUGGUCUGUCUGGUGAGAGAGGUCGCCCUGGCCCUGCUGGCCCUGCUGGUGCUCGUGGCGCUGAUGGCAAUGUUGGACCCGCUGGCCCUGCUGGUCCUGUUGGUGCUGCUGGUCCCCCAGGCUUCCCCGGUGGCCCCGGCCCCAAGGGAGAGAUUGGACCUGCUGGACCUUCUGGCCCAGCUGGACCUCAGGGAGCUAGAGGAGAGCCUGGUUCAAAUGGUGCUGUUGGCCCCGUUGGUCCCCCUGGUAACCCUGGUGCCAAUGGUCUGAAUGGAGCCAAGGGAGCUGCUGGCGCCGCUGGUAUUGCUGGCGGUCCUGGCUUCCCCGGACCAAGAGGAGGACCCGGACCCCAGGGCCCUCAGGGUGCUGCUGGACCUAGAGGCCUGUCUGGAGAUCCUGGUGUUCAGGGUGUCAAGGGAGACACCGGUCCCAAAGGAGAGCCUGGCAACUCUGGACCUCAGGGAGCCCCCGGACCUCAGGGUGAGGAAGGCAAGAGAGGACCCACUGGUGAGCUUGGUGCCACUGGCCCUGCUGGUGCCCGUGGAGCUAGAGGCGCUCCUGGCAGCCGUGGCCUGCCUGGUGCUGAGGGAAGAACUGGCCCCAUUGGUAUGCCUGGUGCCCGUGGUUCAACUGGUACAGCUGGACCUCGUGGACCCCCUGGAGAUGCUGGUCGUGCUGGUGAGGCUGGCCCAGCUGGUCUCAGGGGUCUCCCAGGAAGCCCUGGAAACUCUGGACCCCCAGGAAAGGAGGGACCUGCUGGUCCUUCUGGACAAGAUGGCCGCACCGGACCUCCCGGCCCAACAGGACCUAGAGGCCAGCCUGGAAACAUUGGUUUUCCCGGACCCAAAGGACCAUCUGUAAAAUUAUCAUGUUCCUUCCUUUUUUGUUAGGGAGCCCCUGGACCUGAUGGCAACAAUGGAGCUGCUGGCGCCGCUGGACCCAGUGGUGGUCCAGGUGAGAAGGGAGAGCCGGGACCUGCUGGAUCUCCUGGCUUCCAGGGUCUGCCUGGUCCCGCUGGACCUGCUGGUGAGCCUGGCAAGCCUGGAGACAGAGGUCUCCCAGGAGAACAGGGACUUGCUGGACCUGCUGGUGCUAAGGGAGAGCGUGGUAACUCUGGUGCUGCAGGAGCUGCUGGACCUCAGGGACCAAUGGGAUCCCGUGGACCCGCUGGGCCCGCUGGACCUGAUGGUGGCAAGGGAGAGCCUGGCACUGCUGGACUUGCUGGUGGUCCUGGACACCAGGGACCUGGUGGCAUGCCUGGUGAGCGUGGAGCAGCUGGUACUCCUGGACCCAAGGGAGAGAAGGGAGAGCCUGGACACAGAGGCCCUGAUGGCAAUGCUGGCAGAGAUGGUGCCCGUGGUGCGCCUGGACCAGCUGGACCUCCUGGACCCACUGGUGCUAAUGGUGACAAGGGUGAGAGUGGUGCCUUCGGACCUGCUGGUCCCGCUGGACCCCGUGGAGCCCCUGGAGAACGUGGAGAAGUUGGACCUGCUGGAGCUCCUGGAUUUGCUGGACCCCCUGGUGCUGACGGUCAGCCUGGAGCAAAAGGAGAGCGUGGACCUAGUGGAGUAAAGGGAGAAGUUGGCCCCGCUGGCCCUGCUGGACCCGCUGGACAGUCUGGACCUGCUGGUCCUUCUGGCCUUGCUGGACCUACUGGUGCUCGUGGAGAAACUGGUCCUCCUGGUUUGACUGGUUUCCCUGGUGCUCUUGGCAGAGUUGGUGCUGCUGGUCCUGCUGGUAUUGCUGGACCCCCUGGUCCUGCUGGCCCCAGUGGUAAGGAUGGUCCUCGUGGUCCCCGUGGUGAUUCUGGCCCUGCUGGUCCUCCUGGAGAGCAGGGUAUUGUAGGACCACCUGGUCCAGCUGGAGAUAAGGGUCCCUCUGGAGAAUCUGGUGCCCCUGGUCCUCCUGGUCCUCCUGGAACCAGUGGUUCUAUUGGACUUCAGGGAUUUGUUGGUCUGCCUGGUGCUAGAGGAGAUCGUGGUACACCUGGUGGUGUUGGUGGUUUGGGAGAGCCUGGUAGAGUUGGACCUGCUGGUCCUCCUGGAGCCCGUGGUCCCCCUGGCAACAUUGGCCUGCCUGGUAUGACUGGACCUCAUGGAGAGGCUGGACGUGAGGGUAACCCUGGUAACGAUGGACCUCCUGGCCGUCCUGGUACUCCUGGAUUCAAGGGAGACCGUGGUGAGCCUGGACCAGCUGGUGCCAUGGGUCUUGCUGGUACCCCCGGACCUGCUGGACCCACUGGAGCUGCUGGCAGACCUGGAAAUCGUGGAGAGCCUGGCCCAGGAGGUCCUGCUGGACCCGUUGGCCCCGCUGGAGCUAGAGGUGCCCCAGGACCUGCUGGACCUCGUGGUGAGAAGGGAGUUGCUGGAGAAAGGGGAGAAAGAGGCUUGAAGGGUCUGCGUGGACAUCCCGGUCUCCAAGGAAUCCCUGGACCUUCUGGACCCUCUGGUGACACUGGAUCUGCUGGACCUCAUGGACCUGCUGGACCCAGAGGACCUGCUGGACCCCACGGACCCUCUGGUAAGGAUGGCAGAGCUGGUGCCCAUGGUAGUAUCGGUGCCGCUGGUGCUCGUGGUCCCCCUGGAUACGUUGGACCUAUUGGUCCUGCUGGACCUCCCGGUCUGCCCGGACCUCCCGGCCCAGCUGGUGGUGGAUAUGAUGUCUCCGGAUAUGAUGAGUACAGAGCUGAUCAGCCCGCCCUGAGAGCCAAGGACUAUGAGGUCGAUGCCACCAUCAAGUCACUAAACACACAGAUUGAGAACUUGCUUACUCCUGAGGGAUCCAGGAAGAACCCUGCCCGUACUUGCCGUGACAUCAAACUCAGCCACCCUGACUGGAGCAGCGGAUUCUAUUGGAUUGACCCCAACCAGGGCUGCAUCAAUGAUGCCAUUAAGGCCUUCUGCGACUUCACCACCCGCGAGACCUGCAUCUAUGCCCACCCUAAGAAUAUCGCCCAGAAGAACUGGUACAGAAGUACUGAGGCCAAGAAGCACGUCUGGUUUGGAGAGACCAUCAACGGUGGUACUGAGUUUACCUACAACGAUGAGACCCUCAGCCCCCAGAGCAUGGCCACCCAGUUGGCAUUCAUGCGCCUGCUAUCCAACCAGGCCAGCCAGAACAUCACUUACCACUGCAAGAACAGUAUUGCCUACAUGGACGGUGAGAGCGGCAACCUGAAGAAGGCUGUGGUGCUCCAGGGCUCCAAUGAUGUAGAGCUGAGGGCCGAGGGCAACAGCCGCUUCACCUACUCUGUGCUGGAGGAUGGCUGCACUAGACACACUGGUGAGUGGAGCAAGACAGUGAUUGAGUACAGAACAAAUAAACCAUCUCGCCUGCCCAUCCUCGACAUUGCACCUUUGGACAUUGGUGGAGCUGAUCAGGAACUUGGUUUGGACAUUGGCCCAGUCUGUUUCAAAUGAAUAGACUCACGAUAAAUUAACACCACCAAGAGAGAAAGAACGAAAAAACAAAAUCUCUGCCCUUUUUUCUGUGUUGUUUUUUUUUAAUACUGAAUGCUGAUCUCUCUCUGCACAUCCACUUGCUUAAGAUGGGCAACUAUCGGAGAGGACUGAACAGACUGAAUGGAGCGUUUGUGCAAUGCAAAUUAAUACAGCAACCCAAAGGAACGCGGGAAAACACCUUGUUGUGGGACAUCAUGUCAUCCUUUUGUAAAAAAUAAAAGAAGUGUAAUAAAAACGCUGAAAGUAUGCAUCACUUUGUGGUCUUUGUAUAUCUUCCAAAGAGGAGGUUUAAAACCACAAUUUCCAUGAAAAGGUUUAAACUACCUCAUGCCUGUACCUAAAGAAAAUACUAUAGACAAACCCUGGGUCCACAACCGAGAUGUUAAGACUUCUAAUGCUUCAAGCUUUGUCCCAUAUCGGAAGGUGCUCAUUUACUUGAAGCAGAGAUCUAUGGUGCUAAUAUGCAGCUGUGGAGCAAAACCACUUUUUUACUGUAUUACUUUGUAUUGACAUUUGAGGAGUCUUGCAUUCGUCCCCUGAUACUCUCUCACUUUAAGCAGGUGGAAUGUUCCCAAACCUGAUGUCUGGUCUUUGUUUUAUUUCUUAUUUUGUUUUGUUUGUCUAGAAGGUUUUUUUUUGUUUGUUUGUUUGUUUGUUUGUUUUUUAAGGCUUUUUUAACUCUCAUUAUCCCACAGCCUGUGUUCAUUCUGACAGCACAUAUUUCAUCCUAUUCUCAAUGGUUUUUAGGCGCCCUCUCUCUCUCUCUCAAAAAAAAACUGACACCACAAAGUUUAUUGUACCUAUUUUGUAUAUGUGAGAUGUUUAAAUAAAUUGUGAAAAGUUCUGAAAUAAAGCAUGUCCAAUGUUCCAAAACA